AUGGCCGACUUCCCGGACGCCCCGACUACGGCUCCCUCUGCCAACGGCAACUCCUACGUGCAAGCCACCAAGGACAACGCUGCUGCUGCCUACAGCCAGAUCGCCAACGGCCCCGUCGCCCAGAAUGUCAGAGACCAGUCCGCAAAGGCCUCUACCGAGUUCAGCAACCUCGCUGCCUCUCGCAGAACUCCUGCCAACCCCGCUGCCACCGGCCAGCCUUUGACUCACUACCACUCUUUCUUCUUCGAGCUUAUCUCGUGGAACAACCCUCGUGCCUCGGCCAUUGCCUAUGCCUCUAUCGUCACCCUCAUCUUCGCUGCUCGCUACCUCGAUGUUAUGCGUUACAGCUUGAAGCUUACCUGGAUGGUGCUUGGCACCACGGUCCUCGCCGAGGUCGCCGGCAAGCUCGUCCUGAAUAACGGUCUGGCUUCUCAGCUGCGCCCCCGCCGAUACUACGUUAUCCCCAGAGAUACGCUCGAUGCGAUGAUAGGAGACGUCCACGAGCUCAUCAACUUCUUCGUGAUUGAGGCCCAGCGCAUCCUUUUUGCCGAGAACGUCACUGCGUCUGUUGCUGCCUUCAUCAGCGCCUUCUUCGCCUACUACCUCGUCAAGAUCGUCCCUCUCUGGGGCCUUGCCCUGAUCGGCACCACCGCGCUCUUCGGUGUUCCUCUGAUCUACACCUCCAACCAGGAGCUCAUCGACGCCCAGCUUAACAAGGCCGGCGAGGUCAUCAACCAGCAGACGAGCCAGCUCCGCACCGUUGCCAGCAAGCACACUGCCCAGGCCGCCGACAUCACCAAGCAGUACAUGGGCGACUACACCGCCAAGGCCCAGCAGAUGAUCGGCCGCCGUUCCGCUUCUCCCGAGGCUGUCCCCAAGCCCGCCCCUGCUGCCCCCAAGGUCGAGGAGAAGGACUUCCCCGCCGCUCCCAGCACCGAGCUCGAGAACGACGAGCCCGUCGUUCCCGAGAAGGAGACUCCCAUGGUCGCCUCCUAA